UGUAGCCCGUGGGCGGCGUACAGCUGACAUGUAUGUAUUUACUUGUAUUUACCCAUUAUUCAUCCUUGUAGGUCUCCAUUUUAGUCACUGAUGUCUACAGUCAAGAACUAUGUCAGGGAGUGACGUGUCGCCAAGGACAAGAAUGUCGUCUGCUAGCGGAUCCAUGCACUGGUUCUCGGUGCACGCUGACGCCGACUUGUGUAGAUUACCGGCUACCAAUCAACGACUGCAGACACGGUAAACCCAUACUGAACCGUCAGAGAGAUGUGAUGGUGUGCGACAGGGACUCGGACUGUCCGACACAGGCUACAUGCAACACGGACACGAUGGACACGUCUGCAACCUGCUGCUGGACACCCGCUAACGCUAGAAGAACGAACACUGGUACGAAAACCAACACCGACCCAUGUUCAAAGCGAAACUGUCCAAGUGGUCAAGUUUGUAGACUGCAGCAAGUGUUUUGUAUUACCACUCCGUGUACGCCCCUGCCGAUGUGUAUUGACAGUAACAGCGUCCUAACGUCGUCCACGUCAUGCCCUGUUGGAGAACCAGUGUUAGACAUCAGACGACAACAACCAAUAUCAUGUAGCACCGAUGGCGACUGUCCAGACACUACCAGCUGCUACAGCGGUGUCUGUUGUUUGAAAACAGACGUACAGUCAGUCUCAGUCAUCAUUAAGUCAGGUAAAUGUCCUCCAGUCGGUCAAGGACAAGCAGGCAUCUGCGUAGAACAAUGUUCCAACGACGGUGCCUGUCUUGGAAACAUGAAAUGUUGCAGCAAUGGAUGUGGUCACACGUGUAUGGCACCAUUCUCGCCGCCAGUCAUAAAGGCUGACAUAAAGCCUGUCUCGAAACCAGGAACCUGUCCUCCAGUUAACCAAGGUCAGUUUGGCAUCUGCACAAAUGAGUGUUCUGGUGACGGUGCCUGUACUGGAAACAUGAAAUGUUGCAGCAAUGGAUGUGGCCACACGUGUAUGGCACCAUUGUCACCUCCAGUCAUAAAGCCUGACAUAAAGCCUGUCUCCAAGCCAGGGACCUGUCCUCCGGUCAGUCAAGGUCAGUUUGGGGCAUGCGUAGAACAAUGUUCCAACGACGGUGCCUGUACUGGAAACUUGAAAUGCUGCAGCAAUGGAUGUGGUCACACGUGUACAGCACCAUUCUCUAAUCCAGUCUCAAAGCCUGACAUAAAGCCUGUCUCCAAGGUAGGAACCUGUCCUCCAGUCAACCAAGGUCAGUUUGGGAUCUGUGUACAACAGUGUUCCGUUGAUAGCGCCUGCACUGGAAACAUGAAAUGCUGCAGCAAUGGCUGCGGUAACGUGUGCAUGGCACCAUACACGAAGCCUGUCACGAAACCAGGGACCUGCCCUCCAGUAAGCCAGGGUCAGUUUGGGAUCUGUGUAAAUCAGUGUUCUAACGAUGGUGCCUGCACUGGAAACAUGAAAUGCUGCAGCAAUGGAUGCGGUAACGUGUGCACGGCCCCGCACACUGCCACGUCGCAACGGCCUGGCUCCUGUCCAGCAGACUUCUACUGGCCGAGAAGCUUCUGUGGCUGGCUGGCACCUUUCUGCCAACAAGACUCCGACUGUGGAAAUGGGAUGAAGUGUUGCAGUACCAACACCUGUGGGAGGAAGGCAUGUCUGGUAGCAAGACGCACCGUUCUGUGUGAUGCCUUUUCAAGAUAUUUAGGAUUAUGUUAAUUAAUU